GGGGCUUGAAGGGGAGUGAAACGGCUUCCUUGUAAUCAUCACCGGCAAACGUUGUUGUAAACACACAACACCUCUCUCUCUCUCUCUCUCUCUCUGCUGUCAUUUUUCUUUUCUCUUCAUUCUUUGCGAACUUUUCUCUUUUCAUUUCUUUACCGUUUUCCCCUUCUUCUUUUUUUUUAUUUUUUUGAUAUAUAUUUUGGUUCUGGGCCGUGUUUAAAUUUGAAGGCUAGGAAUUUCAUCCUCGUUGAAGCUUGAUUUCUUCCUCUCUCUAUCUCUCUCCCUCUCUCUCCCACGCGAACACUGGUUUCUAUGAGUCUUGGGUGCCUUUUCUUGAAGUGGGCUGUCUCCAUUUUCGCCGAUUGAUUUGUGCAUUUGAUUACAAGUGAGAUCCCUUGUAAUUCUUUCCUCCUUCUGCUUUGAUCUGUGAAAUCAACCCAGGGUUGCAAAAGUAUCUAUACAUUACGUAUAGAGAGAGAGGGGGAGAGAGAAAGAUGUGGAGUGUGGCGAAGUUUUGGGAGAAAGUUUACACGAUGGCAGAAGGGGGAUCUCGUUACUGCUCCAAGAAGAAGGAUGAUGUCUGUUAUGAGGACUCUAAUCGAGCGUUAAGCAUGUCGAGAUUAAAAUGUAUUCUGAGAGGGCUGGACUUUAAAGUGUAUGUCUUUCUUUUUGUUCUGGUACCGACUUGUGUGUUUGGUAUCUAUGUUCAUGGGCAGAAAAUCACUUACUUUCUGCGACCUUUAUGGGAAAAGCCACCGAAGCCCUUUCAUGAGAUCCCUCACUAUUAUCACGAGAAUGUGUCGAUGGAGAAUCUUUGUAAACUUCAUGGCUGGAAGAUUCGGGAGUACCCGAGGCGUGUCUAUGAUGCGGUGUUGUUCAGUAACGAGGUGGAGAUUCUUACGAUAAGAUGGAAGGAGUUGCACCCGUAUGUGACGGAGUUUGUUUUGCUCGAAUCAAAUUCGACCUUCACGGGAUUGCCAAAGCCCCUGCAUUUUGCGAUCAAUAGGAAGAAUUUUGAGUUCGUUGAAUCACGGUUGACUUAUGGGCAAGCUCCGGGGAGAUUCCGAAGGGGAGAGAAUCCGUUCAUCGAGGAGGCUUAUCAGCGAUUGGCGUUGGACUAUCUUCUCAAACAAGCGGGGAUUCAGGAUGACGACUUGUUGAUAAUGUCGGAUAUUGACGAGAUUCCGAGUAGACACACGAUAAAUCUCUUGAGGUGGUGCGAGGACAUCCCGCCAGUUCUACAUCUUAGGUUGAAGAACUACCUCUAUUCAUUCGAGUUCCUCGUCGAUAAUAAUAGCUGGAGAGCUUCGGUCCAUCGAUAUAAAUCCGGGAAAACGCGGUACGCACAUUACCGACAAUCGGACGACAUCUUGGCGGAUGCGGGAUGGCAUUGCAGCUUUUGCUUCCGCCACAUUAGCGAGUUCAUAUUCAAGAUGAAAGCAUACAGCCACUUCGACCGAGUGAGAUUUUCUCAUUUCUUGAACCCGAAAAGAGUCCAAAGAGUAAUAUGCAAAGGGGCCGAUUUAUUCGAUAUGCUACCCGAGGAGUACACGUUCAAGGAAAUCAUCGGGAAGAUGGGACCCAUUCCCCACUCCUACUCGGCUGUUCAUCUUCCCGCCUAUCUUCUGGAGAACGCCGACAAGUAUAAAUUUCUCUUGCCCGGGAACUGUUUGAGAGAGAGUGGCUGAUCCGAGUGAGUGGACUAUAAUUUCUAUAUUUUUUUUCUUUCUAAAAAGAUCGCUAGGUGCCCCUGCUUGCUGGUCCUCGUAAAACUUCUCGAUGCCAUGAUGACUGUGAGUCACUGUUAUAUGAUUCUUUAGAAACGAGUCUGAAAUUAAAGAUGUUCGGAAUGAAUUAAGAAUAUGUGUAUAUAACUCAGAGCAUUGACAUGAUCAAGCAAGUUAGGGGAGUUUACCAUGGCCGAACAGCUUUAGGUUCACGGAUAUAUAGCUUUUGCAUAUUAUUACUGUAUCUCAUCACUAGUCUUAGCGACUCAAUAUUCUUCUGUGCCAAGAAUACUGGUUAGUUUCUCUAGCUUGCGGCUUGGGCUUUCCUCAUGUGACGAAAUUUUGGUCGUUACUAAUGUAUUUCUGUUAUUUUCUCGUUUAGCAUCAUCUUUGGGUUGCAGCUCUCAUCAUCUCUUAUGACAUUACUUUUCUUGAUCUUAUUAUUGGGUAGUAAAAUUUCAUCUUUUUCUUGUGAA